AUGGGCGAUGUGAUCAUCCCACAUGUGCUCGCUGUGCCAUUAAAUUACGGCGUUUCGGGAGCAUCGACGAGCCUGAGUUCUCCAAAUGUGCAACUUGCCGAGCUCGCCUCACUCGACCGCCAGAGAGAACUCUUUGAUCACUAUAAAGCCGCACACUUCGUUUGUCCCGAAUGCGAAGUGGUUGGCCGAAUGACGUGUUAUGCCUCAAACGACCAACUCGGUUUGCACAGAAUGCACGAGCAUCCUAACGAAUCACAAGGUGAUCCCAGCCUUUGGGAGCCGCUGCAGAUUCGCUUCUCAACACAUGGCCUUAUUAGCCAACAUGCAAACACACGGAACAACAGACGCACUGCCUAUGCACACGAGGGCGGGGACGAAGAAGCUCCUCCACCUGAAUCGUACAAUUCUCAAUCCCGUGGGCCAAUGCCCGAGGAGUGGACAGCCAUGGAUUUUCCUUCCUUAAGUGGCGGCCCUCCUUCUAGUCAAGAAAAACAGGCUACAAGUAAGCCACAUCGACGCACUGGCCGCUCUCUCGCUUCCGUUGUUGGUAGUGGACAUUCCGUGUUGGUCAAUUCAGAGGAUUUUCCCAGUCUUCCGUCGUCAUCUACCACCUCCUCAGCUCCUCCGCAACCGCAAAAAGAUUGGGCUGCUGAAAAAAGGGUUGCGGCAAGUUCGGCCAGUGAAAAACAACCCGCCGGUUCUCAGCGCGAUGUCUUACCUCCCAGCAGGGAAGAUUUUCCUAGUCUUGCUGGCGGUGGCACCUCCACCAACACCCCAGCAACAAAUUGGAGCGCCAAGGUUUCCUCGUCGGCCGCUGUUGUUGCUGGUAACCCAGCCAAGCAACGGCAUCAGCCUGUGCCAACGGAAAACGACUUUCCCUCCCUCUCUGCCAGCAACGGUAGCAGCAAUUCGCUAGUGUCGGGCGGCAAACCUCUUCUACCUCCAUACCAUCCCCCUUCGAAAGAUAACCAACAGCCAAAGAGUACAAAGGGCAAAAAAAAUAAUAGACUGACGGAGCCGCCUCCUCAACCCGCCCCCGAUUUGCUUCCCUUUUCGCCUUCUAUUGAUAAAGCUAGGAAGAGUCGCUGGUGGAAUGAGGCCGAUAACAGCGGUGCUCUGGCACGACUAAAUCUGAAUGAGGAAGGUUCCACCUCGACGAACGCGCACAUUCUGGUAGUCGAUUCGUUGGAGCCCGUGGUCUCCUCCAGUGAAUCGGUUCCAAAAAAACCAGUUGAUUUCUCUAUAAACGAGUUCCCAUCUCUUUGUGGCGACAAGAAAGCCAACGCAAAAGCUGUGCCGAAGGCCCCAAAAACAAAGACGAAAGUAUCACAGCCUCCAAAGAAAAAAGUUGCCCCAUCAACCGAAGGAAGCGUGAAAACGACAAGUCUUGAUGAUGUCGAGGAUACAGAAACGGUGUUGUUUAAAGACAAUAUCUACACACAACCGCAACACUAUGCGGAAAAAAAUCGCGAAUUAAUAAGAGUGGCUCAGGAGACAUUGAGCAAUAGCAAUGUCAAAAAUUCUUUCUCUCGAUUUGCUGAUCUCUCGCGCCUCUUCCGUCACGGUCAGCUCACUGCCCAGGCCUACGUACAAGGCCUGGACGGUCUGUUCGGUCGAAUGGGCGAUGCGGACGAGGCGAAGGACGGGCAGUUUCACUGGCUCAGUUCGAUGAUUGCACUCCUGCCCGAGGUGGGCCUUCAGCGGGCUCUGCUGCGGGCCCUGAGGGGUGCCGCCGCGCCUCGCGUGCCCCACUGCGCCUCGCCGGCGCGCGCCCACGCCGUCGCCCCACCCCCAUGGGCCAAGCUCGUCACCAGCCGCCUGCAAACCUGCUCGUCUUGUGGACAGGUUCUGUGCUAUUCCUUCUAG